AGGUUGCAGCAAAAGCUGGUGACACGGAUGCUGCAGAAGCGGCUAUGGAGAAAAUUUUGGCAAGCGGAGCAAAGCCCAGCUUGGUCUGCUACGGAUCUCUGAUCUCAGCCUUCGCCAAGGCUGGACACGUGAAGCGAGCUGAAUAUUGGCUUGAGGCAUUGGAAGCUUCAAAUGUUGGAAGUCCCAACGGCAUUUGCUUGAAUAUGUUGAUCAGCGCCUGUGCGAAGUCAAACGCAGUGGACCGCGCAGAGUAUUGGCUCGUGAAAAUGCCUUCAUUGGGUUUGACUCCUGAUGUUAUGAGCUACAAUGCUGUCAUUGACGCCUGUGCCCGCAUCGGAGACGUCACACGUGCAGAAGGUUGGCUUGACAAGAUGAAGGCUGCUGGGACAGCACCAAAUGUUGUCAGUUAUAGCUCUGUUCUCCAUGCCUGCGCGCGCAGCUGUGAUGCAAGUCUGGCAGAGCGUUGGUUGACAAGGAUGGAGAAGGAGGGUGCGGAGCCGAAUGCCAUUUGCUACAACUCAGUCAUCAACGCUUGGUGCAAGGAGGGCAACAUGCGCCGAGCUGCAUACUGGCUGAAGCAGAUGUCAGAGCGUGGCGUACAGCCAACAGUGAACAGCUACAGCACCAUAAUUGACAAGCUGGCAAAGGCUGGUGACAUUGAUGCUGCUGAAAGUUGGCUUGCGCGCAUGGCAGAGGCUGGAGUCGAAGCAGAUGCUGUGAGCUACAACAUGCUCUUCAGCGCUUGCAGCAAGACUGGGGAUUGUGCACGUGCAUCCAAGCUCUUCGAUGAGAUGAUGAAGCGCAAUGUUGUUCCGAACACAAUUUGCUUCAACUUGCUCAUCAACACUCACAGCCGCCAGGGCGAUGUUUCUGGAGUGCUUUGCAGACUGCGCCAAAUGCGGGAGCAAGGUAUUCAGGCUGACCGAGUUAGCUUCAACACCACCCUUAAAGCUUUUGCUCGCUGUUCAGAUCCAAAGGCUGCCGACCAACUGCUCGAAGAAAUGAACGCGGCUGGAAUGAAACCUGAUGUGUCUACCUACAAUGCGUUCAUUGCAGUGUGCAUGCGAGCAAAGGAUGCCAAGAAAGCGGAGUGCUGGCUGAACCGCAUGUCGAAGGCUGGUGUCAAGGCUCGCAGAAUCUGGGUGGCUGAGGCAGAUGCUGUGAGCUACUGUACAAUGAUUGAUGCGUUUGCGCAAAGUGGAGAGUUGCAUCGCGCUGAACAAUGGCUAGAGAAGAUGGAAGAAUCUGGACUCCAGGUUGGUUCUAGCACAUAUGGUCUCCUCAUGAAUGCAGUUGCAAAAAUGGGCGACAUCAGCAGAGUUGAACGAAUCUUCCAGCGUAUGGAGCAAGCAAACGUCGAGGUCAGCGGCUCCACAUAUAAUGCAUUGAUAUCUGCUUGUGCGAGGAAGGGAGACGUGGAUCGCGCAGAGUUUUGGCUGAAACGCAUGUUGAAAUCAACAACGCAGGCAGAUGUGGCGAGCUACUCUUCUGUGAUCCAUGCCUGUGCAAAAGCCAACGACCUCCUGCGGGCUGAAGCUUGGAUUGAGCAGAUGGAACAGGAUGGGGUGCAGGCCAAUGUUGUCACUUACAACAGUGCGAUCAAUGCCUGUGCCAGAUGUGGCGACGUUACGCGUGCUGAGCAUUGGUUUCACAAGAUGGUGAAACAGGGCUUUCAGCCUGGCGUUCUCACCUUCAACUCUUUGGUCAACGCAUGUGCGAAAGCAUUGGAUGUGGACCGCGCUGAGAAAUGGCUUCAGGACAUGCCAAACUUUGGCAUUCAGCCGGAUGACGUCACGUACAGCACCGUGAUCCAUGCGUGUGGCGCAGCCCAGGAACCUCAACGAGCUGACAACUGGAUGCGGACUAUGCUCUCCAAACUGUACGGCAAAGGAGACAAACCAAGCUCGUUUUGCUACAAUUCGCUGGCGCAAGCCUGGGUACGAGGUGGUGAUGUUGAUCGUGCCAUUCAUUGGCUGUCAGAAGCAGAGCGUCUCGGCGUAGAAGUAUCAAUGGCUAGCCUGAACAGCGUUGUAAGUGCGCUGACUCGUGCUCGCCGACAUGAAGAGGCAGAACUGUGGUCUGGAAAGGUCAACCGCAAUUCUGCAGCUCGGAAUCCUCGUGCUGACAAGCCUAGGCCACGUGCAACCAGACAUGAGCGCGGAGGCAAGGCUGAAUGAGUGGCCAGCUUGAACUGCGCUACACUUUUGUC